AUGAUGACUAAAAAGAGUCUAUUUUUACCAUUUGUAACGUACUACAGUGCAUAUUUUACUGUUGACAUUUCACUUGUGACUAUGACAGCGAUGAGCAAUGUGGCUCACAUUUCACCUCAGUUUUCAGUCCUUGAUAAUUACACAGUUCAAACGCUCAACAGGCUUGCACUUUUUCAUGUUUGUCCACUAUUAGGUCCUCUUGGUCCUGAUGUGAAAGCAAAGAGACAUGAAAUAAAGAGUGACCCUACUCCCUUGGGUUUAGAAGGUUGGCCAAGACAUCUGAAUUCCUUAGAAACAUAUGAAGAUUUUUCUGCCAUUCCAUCCAGCAAUGAUGAACUUUCAAAUUCUUCUGAUAUUGAAGAAGAAACCACUAACUCCAAAGGUUCAAAGCUUUUCUCAGUGGGAAGCAGUUUUGAAACAUGCUCACCUAGCAUGUUCUCCCUCAAAGAAGGGGAUGUAGUAUAUUUCAUACAGUGUGGAGAGAACGGACAGUGGUUAGUAAAGGAUCCUAUAUCAAAAAGAAAAGCCUGGGUACCGUGUAAUAUAUUGACACCAGCAGCAUCUACUAAUGUGUGCCAGAAGGACAACAUCACAGCUUACAGUGACACGUGCCAAAUGUCAGCGGCAUCCACCACCAUGAAAGAGAAGCAGAAUGAACACACAAGAAGUCUUGUAACAGAACAGAAGGCAGUAAGUUGA